AUGUUCGUAUACUUGAGUAAAAAAAUAGCAAUACCGAAUAACUUUCGUCUGAAUUGUAUAGCAUGGAAUCAAUGCGAAGGUUAUAUAGCUGUUGGUGGAGAGGAUGGUCUUUUGAAAGUACUUAGGGUAGACUCCAAUGCAAGUAGCUCUACCAGUGGUGGAAAGUCUAGAAACUUGACUGCUGCCAGCAACUUAAGUAUGAAUCAAACUUUAGAAGGUCAUAAUGGCCAUGUGCAAGUAGUUAUCUGGAACGAACAACAUCAGAAACUAACUUCAAGCGAUCAAAAUGGUGUAAUUAUAGUUUGGAUGUUGUAUAAGGGUUCUUGGUAUGAUGAAAUGAUAAAUAAUUGCAAUAAAUCGAUAGUUAAAGGAAUGGCAUGGAGUUCAGAUGGGCUAAAAAUUUGCAUAGUUUAUGAAGAUGGAGCAGUUAUUGUAGGUUCGGUUGAUGGCAAUAGAAUCUGGGGAAAAGAAUUAAAAAAUACAGCACUUGCUGCUGUACAGUGGUCUCCUGAUGGAAAAUUAUUAUUAUUUGGUAUCAAAAACGGGGAAGUUCAUCUUUUUGAUAACCAAGGUGUAUUCUUAACAAAGUUAAAUAUGAUACCGCUGAAUGGUGGUCAAGUUCAAACAAUAGUUUCAAUGCAAUGGUAUGACGGAAGAAAUGGUUUCAUUAGCCUAGAGUGUCCAACUUUAGCUGUUUGCUACAGGAAUGGAAAAAUACAGCUGAUGAAAAAUACUAAUGAUGAUAAUCCAAUUGUAGUAGAAACUGGUAUGACAGUGGCAUGGUGUUGUUGGAAUAGUUAUGGAUCUAUAUUAGCAGUAACUGGGAUGUUACCAUUAUUAGGCAAUGGAGAAACAAAGGAUACCAAUGUCAUUCAAUUCUAUACUCCAUUUGGUAAACAUAUGAAAACUCUAAAAAUACCUGGUAGAGAAGUCACUUCUUGUGCAUGGGAGGGAGGAUCACUCAGAGUAGCAUUAUCUAUUGACUCUCAUAUUUAUUUUGCAAACAUUCGUUUAGAUUAUAAAUGGACUUAUUUCAGCAACACGGUCGUGUAUACAAACGAAAAGAUUACUAAAGAUGGUAUUUGUAUCAUGUUUUGGAAUACAAUAAAUAAUACAUGUUGUACGAAAAAUGUUAGAGCAUUGAUUUCUAUAGCUUCGCAUGGAGAUCAUUGUGUUUUAGCAAUAAAAAAUGAUUUUGCUCAGGGAUCAGAGCAAUUUGCACUUUUAGUGUGCAAUACAAUUGCCACUCCAAUAGAUACUAAGUUUAUAGAUUUAGAACCACUAUGGGUAACUAUGACCAAUAAUGUGGUUGUCACAGCAUCCAAGAACAAUUUUUUGGUGUGGAGUUAUCGCACUCCUCAUAAUUCCAUGUUGCAUGCAGGACGAAUUAGGAGAGAUAAGAUUUAUCAUAUUGACGAAACUCCAACCGGCGUGACGGAAGUUAUUCAAGAUUUAGACAAAGAUAGAUCCUUUGAAUCACCUAUUAAUACUAAGGCUACUAUGGAUCCAAUUUGCUGCUUGUGUGCAACUGAUAAAAUUCUAUUGAUAGGCAGAGAAUCGGGAAUGAUUCAAAGAUAUUCCUUAGCUCAGAUAACUCUUACAAACAGAUACAACACAGCAUGUAAGCUUUACAAAAUUGCAGUCAACUGUGAUUCGUCUCGAGCGUCUAUUAUGGAUUCGAGUGGUGUUUUAACCAUGUUAGAUUUAGAGACUGAUAUCAAAAGAAAUACUUUGAAAGAUGGAGAGUCAGAGGACGAAAUAAAUAAGUUUGAAAGAAAAGAUGUGUGGGCCAUGUGUUGGGCACAGGAUAAUCCCGCUUUAUUAGCAAUUAUAGAAAAAACCAGGAUGUACGUUUUAAGAGAAUUUGAUCCUGAAGAACCAAUAUCUUGUUCCGGAUACAUCUGUUCAUUUCGAGAUUUAGAGAUACGUUGCGUUUUAUUGGAUGAUCUCAUGCAGAAACCAGAAGAUACAAAAAUUGAAUUAAUAGUGGAUUUAGAAGUGAAAUCUCUAAGGGAUACCAGAGAAUUGUUGACGAAAGUAGGAUUGAAAGAGGCGAAUAAUUUCAUCCAGGAUAAUCCACAUCCACGAUUAUGGCGCUUGUUAGCAGAAUCAGCUUUGCAGAAACUAGAUUUAGAAACUGCAGAAAAUGCAAUGGUUCGUUGUACAGAUUAUUUAGGUAUACAAUUUAUCAAACGUUUGCAAAAUGUGCACAAUGAUCAAUUGAAGAAAGCAGAGGUGGCUGCGUUUCUUGGCAACUAUGACGAAGCUGAAAAAUUAUAUUUAGAUAUGGACAGAAGAGAUCUUGCUAUUUCGUUACGUCAAAAAUUGGGAGACUACUUUCGAGUCGUACAGUUAAUGAAGAUGGGAAUCGGUGGAUCUGAUAAGCAAAUGGAAUAUGCCUAUAAUAAAAUUGGUGAAUAUUACGCCGAGAGACAGAAUUGGGAAGGUGCAAAAGAGUAUUAUGAAAAGAGCAGGAAUCUAGAGAAACUCAUAGAAUGUUAUUAUAAAUUAGAAGAUUUCAUUCAAUUAGCAGGAACAGUGCAACAGCUACCAGAUAAGAGUCCCCUAUUAAAAACGGUAGCAAGAAUGUUAGGUUCUGUGGGCAUGUGCUCUCAGGCAGUGGCAGCAUAUAUAAAAUAUGGAGAUGUAAAACUAGCUGUAGAUACGUGUGUUCGUUUGAAUCACUGGGACCAAGCAGUCGAAUUGGCAAAAACUUAUAAGAUGGCACAGAUAGGUGAGUUAUUGAACAAGUAUGCAAAUCAUCUUUUGUCGAAUGGAAAGAGACUGCAGGCUAUAGAAUUGUACAAGAAGGCAAAUCAUAACUUGGAAGCAGCAAAAUUACUGUUCCAGCUAGCAGAAGAACAAGCAAAGACUAAAACAAAUCCAUUACGUGUGAAGAAAAUUUAUGUUCUAGCAGCUCUGCUAGUUGAGGAUCAUAUCAACACUGCUCCAGCUGUUAAGGGAGGUCGUAGCAAUGUUAUAAUGGGUUUGACGGAGAACAACGAAGAUACUCGGGUAAUAGAAAAUGCCUGGAAAGGAGCAGAGGCCUAUCAUUUCCUUCUGUUAGCAAAUAGACAGAUAUAUUCAGGAAAUUUUGACGGAGCUAUGAAAACAGCUUUAAGACUGAGGGAAUAUGAAGAUAUUUUGCAACCCGAAGAUAUUUACUGCCUACUUGCUCUAUCAAGUGCAGUCAAUCAUGCUUUUGCAGUCUGCUCCAAAGCUUUCAUCAAAUUGGAGUCUUUAGAGACUAUCUCAGAAACGACCAGAGAAGAAUAUGAAGAUUUAGCUGUGGACAUCUUCACAAAACACAGUCCUCAAGAUGUUCGUAAUUCUAAAGCGGAAUGUACAAAUUGCGAGAGUUUGAUACCUGAUUGGUGUGUCGCUUGUCCGAAUUGUAUGACCAGAUUCCCUCCUUGUAUCAUUUCUGGGAAACCGUUAAUGGAUCUGGCCAAUGCGUGGAUCUGUACCGUUUGUAGGCAUCACGUGGCUACAGAACGAGAUGUGGUUAAUAUUAACGCUUGCCCAUUGUGUCACAGCACGAUUACGUACAUGUAG